UUGUCCCCUCACAAUUAUCAAUAUUCAAAUUCAAACUCACUUUAACCCUCUUUUAAUAGAGCAGAGAACAGAGUGAGGAAGCGUGGAGAAAUAACUCAAUACAUGGCUGCAUUGCAGAAGUUCAGACUGUUUGCAACGCCGUGUGGAGUGGGGCAAAGCCCGACCCAAAGCCCAAGGACGAGCCCGUUGGUUCAGUUCCGGCGGCCCAAAACUUCCCUGCGUAGUCUUCUUAGCCUGAACCGGUCACCUCGGCGGGCCGUGGAGAAGGAUUCCAUGCGGAGACACUCCCUGAAGGACCUCUUUGUGUCCUCGCCGCCACGAGAGGAGCACGUGCACGAUCACGAUCACGAAACUACUCCAAUGUUGGCUUCCGUUGCGGCCCCGCAUUCUUGGAGUAGCGAACCCGGUUCAACGAACUCGCCUUGGACCGGUUUUCGUUGCAGGUCGUUGUUGAAAAGGAAAUAUUGGCGUCCUCUCCUCCUCACCAUUCCCGAAUGAUCUGAUCUAUUCAACCAAUUUCAUCGUACCACUCACUUCCCUUUUGCCCCAUAUCAAAGUUUUGCUUCUCUAUUUAAGACUCCUUAAAUAUAAUUUCAUUUUAUCUUGGUUAUGGUAUUCACUCUUUUGUGAUAUGAGAAAUCAUUUACAUUGUCACUUCACGUGUAUCGGUCUCUUAGAUUGAAAUGGAUGUUAAUAAAUUAAAAUUUUUUGUCUCGA